AUGCAGGACACAUCUAGAAGGCAUCACGAAUUUCUGCUUCAAGAGUGCCAAGCAAACAGCGAGCUCGAAAGACUGGAGAUCUUUAUGCAGUACGUCAUCGAAGAGUCGAACAUUCGACGGGAACGAUGCCCAGGCCCAUUCGUUGAUGGUACUUUCAAUGCGGACGAGGCCAGACAGCGUCUAUUCCGGGAUAGCACCAAUAGGCGACCUGCCACGAGACAGUCGCCUAUGCAUGCGACUAGAAUCGACCCCCCUCAACGAUCAGACACGCUUUGGUCUAAGGAGUAUCACCCCGAUCUCUCUCCGAUCGCGAGCAUGAGUAACGAUGAGUUGAGCUCUCGUGGAAGGACCGCAAGUCGGUGGUGGCAAUCACAAACAGGUUCCGAAGCUGAUGGUGCGCCUACCAAAUUGAAAAGGUCCAAAAGAGAAUCGAAAUACAUGGGCCUGUCAACGCUUUCAUUGCAUGAAGUGCUGUCCGAGGCCGCAACGCCAACAAACCUCGAUGCGGUAUAUAGUUCAGCAGAGGGCUAUCCGCCGGAAAAGUCCGACCCGCAGCAUUUUGGUGUCUACGACGAUGGUGAGCCGAUACCGAGACCUGAUGAUACGCCAGCGAAUCCCUCGACACCAAUGGGUUUCGAUUUUUCAAGAUUCAUUACCUUGCCGCCACCGUACCCGAGGCACUACCCCGCAGUGAACAACAACCAUCCCAAGUUGUCCGUAUACCGAAAUCUUGUCCGACUGUUGAGUGACCUGAGUGAGUUGAAAGACAGGAGGUCGAGACACAACCUAAGCGUGGAAGCCCUCCGCACGGAACACAAGCGGAAAAUCUCUGACAGACAGAAAAACUUCAAGGCCAAUAUCUCAGCGCAGAUAUACGAUGGUAGCAUUACCUACACCGAAGCAGCAGAAGCCGAACAAGUUCUCCGGUUGCAGGAGAAUGAAUCCGAGAAGACGUGCCUGAAGGCAGAGUUCGACACAUUGCAAGAUGUGGUGAUUAAUCCAAUGCAUGAGAUGCUGAACGACCGAGUCGCCCAGCUGACGACGCACAUCAAUGGAUUGACAGAACAACUCGUGGCUGAAACAAGCGCUCAGAAUCUUGAUAGACCACAACAGGAAGGCGACGCAGUACCCGAGAUCCUGGAAUAUUUGACACAGCUCAAGUGGUUGUUCGAGACUCGAGAGACCAUCUACAAAGACAUCUUUGACCUUCUCACCGAGCGGAAUGACAAAUACAAAGCCAUUGUGCUGCUUCCCUAUCAUCAAAACAGCAAUUUGGACAAGAUUCGCGAUACCGAAAGCUUCUUCGCGCGUGAUAACCUCCAGCGGCGCAAAGAAUUCUUCGACGAAGCAUUGGUCCGCUAUCAAAAGUUUUCGGAACUCGUUGCAAAAAGUGUUGGUGGAGAAGUAGAACUUCAAUCGUCAGCCUUCUGGGACAUUGCUCCCGGACUCUUGGACGUGGUCCAAAGAAUACCGGAUGACCUGGACGAUUUAGGACCGAUCGCCAUCCCGGAUGCCGAGUACGUGGAGAACCCAGCGUACCGCGAUUUCCCGCAGCAAUAUCUAUACAGUCUGCUCGACCACGCGGAAAAAUCGACUUAUCAGUUCAUCGAGUCGCAGACGAAUCUCCACUGUCUGGUGCAUGAGGUGAAGGUCGGCCUCCUCGCAGCUAGAUGCCGCGCUGUCGAAGCGGGCAGGGCACGCGCUGAACUCGACGGCCCAGUGUCCGGGGACAACCCCGAGGACAUGCGACGCGAUCAAGAGACGGCAGCAACUGCGGAACUGAAGCAGCAAGUGGCGAUGAUUGAGGAGCAAUGGCUUGAAGCACUAGGCAGUGCGCUUCAAGGCAAGAAAGCGCAGGUCAGGAGAUAUCUGGAAAACAUUGGUGGUUGGGACGAAUCUAUACAAGAAUAA